AGGCUAGUUCUCUCACCCCUUCCCAAAUUUCUCAGAAGUGGUUUUACCUGUUUCCUUCCAUUACCAAAGCUUUCUCUGAGUCGCCGCCGUGUGUGUUACGUGUACUGUGUUGUAAAGGCCGAUAGAUAGAAAAAAAAAAAAGCUUUUGUGCGAUUUUUUGCCGCGGCUCCCUUAAAUCUCUAGAGCUCCUUCUUCGUUAACCUAAGGUGAAUUUAUUCAAGGAGAAAACAUCGAAAGAAGAUCGUCGAAGUGUCUCUUCUCAUCUCUUUCCUUCAGUAGUAAUAAUCAUAGCAGAUAAUGGAGGGGAGAUUGGCUAAUAUGUGGAGGUUGACUGUGAACGAGAGUAAAUUCGUGGAAACUGCUUUACAAUCUGAGCUCAGAGUCGAUGGUCGUGGCCUUUAUGAUUACCGCAAGCUUACUAUUAAGUUUGGAAAAGAAUAUGGUAGCUCGGAAGUUCAACUUGGUCAGACUCAUGUAAUGGGUUUUGUGACUGCUCAGUUAGUACAACCUUACAAAGACAGACCCAACGAAGGCUCCCUAUCUAUCUUCACUGAGUUUUCUCCAAUGGCUGAUCCGUCGUUUGAGCCUGGCCGUCCUGGUGAAUCUGCAGUGGAGCUUGGACGCAUUAUCGACCGAGGUUUAAGAGAAAGCCGUGCAGUAGAUACAGAGUCACUCUGCGUUCUAGCUGGCAAAAUGGUCUGGUCUGUUCGUAUUGAUCUUCACAUUUUGGACAACGGAGGGAACUUGGUUGAUGCUGCCAAUAUUGCUGCUUUAGCAGCUCUCAUGACGUUUAGGAGACCAGACUGCACGGUAGGAGGAGAGAACGGUCAAGAAGUGAUCAUACACCCACCAGAGGAAAGGGAACCACUUCCAUUGAUAAUACAUCAUCUCCCAAUAGCUUUCACGUUUGGAUUUUUUAAUAAAGGCAACAUUGUGGUGAUGGACCCAACUUAUGUUGAAGAAGCAGUAAUGUGUGGGAGAAUGACUGUGACAGUUAAUGCCAAUGGCGAUAUAUGUGCAAUCCAGAAACCGGGAGAAGAAGGCGUGAGCCAUAGUGUAAUCCUUCAUUGCAUGCGUCUUGCUUUUUCAAGAGCUGCUGCAACAACAAAGAUAAUUAGAGAAGAAGUUGAAGCAUAUAACCGUGAGAGAAGCUUACAGAAGGUGAAGCGACAUCCCACUUUGGCUAAGUCUGUAGUUUCUGGACCUACUGUUACUGUGAAGGAGGAACAUAGGAAGUCCUCAGAUCAGCAAAAAGCUGCAGAGAUAUCUCGGGAACAUGUCGAAAGACUAAAGCUUUCGUCAGAGGAACUAAGAAGUACUAAGGUAGAAGAAGUUGCUGCCUCUCCUACCAACUUUAAAGGCGGUCCCUCAAAGUGGGACCCUUACUCAGAAGCUAUGGAUGUUGAUUCACUGAAAGCUUCUCUUGCUUCAAAAGGGGAUUCCGUUACUAAGUCACCGAGCAAGAAGACAACGAAUGGCUCGGAAAAUGCGCAGAAGGAUGCUGAGAUGUCAGUUGAGGAAGUAACCGGAGAUUUAGGGAAGAAGGAUACAUUUGAAGCUACAAAACAAAACGAUGGAGAGAUGACACUCAAAGAUGCUGUCAAACCUAAAAAGAAGCGGAAAAACAAAAACAAUUAGAAAGUCCCUAGCUUUUUAAAAAUAGAUUCAAGAUUUUGAGUUAAUGCAUUGUCCCGAUCACUCGUUUACUAUCUUCUUCCCCUUUUGAGACUGGAGACGAAUUUUAUGGUCAAAAUGUAUCUGAUAAGUCAACGUGAGCAGAGUGUUGUUAAAUUUUUGUUUCGUCUUUGUAACGCUUUAUAGUGAAACGGAUACAGUGCAGCUUCAUAAGAUCUACACUUGUUUCU